AUGGCGUGGGUCACGUAUGGCAGUCCUCUCUAUCACAGAGACUCGGUGCAGACGGGUAUCAAGCCGCUGCCGUCGCGCACUGAAAAAAUACGUCUGGAAAAACUGUUCGUCAACGAUGCAGUUCAAACCUGUAUGUUUCACUACCCGCGGAGAAAGCCGAUCAUUCCGCCAUACAACGCACUUCAGGAUAAAUACGCCAGGCACUAUUUUAUGUCACCCACGGCUAAAGCUAUAGCUAUCCGAGAAAAAUUUCGACAGGAAGUUAAAGACCUGGAACAGACGCGCAAGAAUCUCAACAAGCUGAGCUCGAGACACCGGUGUAGGAAAUCUCCUGUUGCCAAUGAGCUUUUGGAACGCGAGGACCAGUUCGUGAACGACGCCAUCAUCACGGAGCGGCGACGGACCAAGUACAAGGACAUCAUUCCGAAAUACGACGCGGCACACGACCAGCACUGUCAGGGCUACAUCCAGCGGCUCGACGUCCAGCGGCUGAUCGCCACCACCUGCUCGCCACGCCCACUCCCGUCCCCCAGAAGGUGA